AAAGGUGGGAUUUCUGGACCAAAGGGUUUACAUGUUACAGAUUUGUAAUUUAAUAAAUUAAAUACAUAAUUUAAUAAAUCUCAGUUAAAGUUUAAUCUAGUUUAAUUCCAAAAUAAAACAAUUUACAUUCCACCAGUAGUGUAAUGGAACGGGCUGUUUUUCUCAUACUCUCAAUAAUAUAGGAUUUUAUCAGUCUUUUAACUUUUAGUCAAUUUGGGGAAGAUAUCAGUAUCUUAGCUGUUAACCACUAACAAAAAGUGAGCCUAUGUGAAAAUACCAGACAUAAGAGAAUUCAAGGCAAAAAGGAUUUAAAAGAGCAGAGUGAUAUUUUAUUUUGAUAGGUCACCUUCUACCAAGAAAAUAGCCAUAAACCUUAAUGUAUUAUAUAAUUUCCAAUGUCAGUGUCAUAUGGUUCAAUCUAAUAUUUAAUUGCAUAGCUUCAAAAUGUAUAAUGCAAAGAUUCAGAAAUACAAAGAUAAAUUGCUAAACCUGUACUUAUCAUAGAAAUCUUUAAAACAUUUUUUUCAAAGAUUGAGCAGAUCAGGAAGGAUAAAUAAGGAUAAAGAGGAUUUGAACAACAUAAUUAACAAGUUUGACCUACUAAAUACACAUAAGUAAACAGUAUAAAUUUUUUUGCAAAUUCCCAUGGAAUAUUUAGUACCUCCCAGCACACACAUAAGCAUCUUAGAUUUAUUGAAAAAGUAAAUUUUCUGGGAAUAGUGAUUACUAUUUUAAUAUAGUAAUAGUUUAGGUUGUAACCUAAGGAAAAAGUGCCCAUAGUAGGAAAAAGCAAGACAAGGCAAAAUGUUUCAAUCAAGUUUUGCAAACAAAGAAAAGACAGCCACAAGGAAGAAUGCCUUGGCCUCCUGCGUGGCUCCAGCUGGGACCCCUUGGGCUCUGGAGCCAUCUCUUGAGCCCCCAGGCCCAUCUGUCUUGUCAGCACUCUUCUGUUUCUAGGUUAAGGAGCUCAGCCUUCUCAGAUGUGGCUUGAGAAACAUAGCCUUCUAAUCCAGGAGAGUAAGAAGACUUAGAAAUGGGGAGGGGGCAGGAGUGAGCAGCAGAGAAACAGUCUUCAGGGGUUGGGCCUGGGUGUGAGGGACACACCCCAAGUGAGCAACCUCCCUCUUCAAAUCCUCCUCACAGGCCUGAUCUGACUGAGGUCAGAGCUGCCUGCUGCCUGAAAGCAAGGAGCCCUGAAUGCUUGGCCAGGGCUGUGGAUAUCCUCACUGGCUUUCCGGAAGGUAUGCCGGACUAGGCCGGCACCUAAUUUAUCGGACUCUAGUUCUGGAAGAAAUCAGAUCAGCCCGGCAUCCCUCGGCCAACUCUGAAGACAAGAUGGGGAUCACACCUGUGUGUUAAAGAGGUUUCUGCCUCGUUGUGGCUCGUAGUAAACACAUAACAAAGAAGGUUCCUUCUUCUUUUUGUCAACAAACAAUUCACUCUCCCUUGGACCUGCUAUCUGCGUCCUGCAGAAACAUUACACUUACGCUAUGGGAAGCGGCACCUCAACCCAACAUCAUUUUGCUUUCCAGAAUGCAGAGAAAGCCUUCAAGGCAGCGGUCCUGAUCCAGAGAUGGUACCGGCGCUACAUGGCCCGCCUGGAGAUGAGGCGGCACUGCACCUGGAGCAUCUUCCAGUCUAUAGAGUAUGCUGGGCAGCAAGACCAGGUCAAGCUCCACAAUUUCUUCAGCUACCUUGUGGAUCACUUCACCCCCAACAAUCACAACGAGAGGGACUUCCUGAACCGCAUGUUCACUGAAGAGAGAUCCCCCCAGGACUCCGAGAUGGAGAAUUGCAGGGACUAUGAAUCCAUCGAGGUACCAGACAGUUACACAGGGCCACGCCUCUCCUUCCCGCUCCUUCCCGACCAUGCAACUGCUCUGGUGGAAGCUUUCAGAGUGAAACAAAGGCUCCAUGCUCGCUAUGUCUUGAAUCUUUUGUACGAAGCCAGGAAACAUCUGGUACAACUACCAAACAUCAACCGGGUCUCCACUUGUUACAGCGAGGAAAUCACAGUAUGUGGAGAUUUACACGGCCAGUUGGAUGACUUAAUCUUUAUAUUUUAUAAGAACGGCCUCCCGUCACCAGAGCGGGCCUAUGUGUUCAACGGCGACUUUGUGGAUCGAGGGAAGGAUUCAGUAGAGAUCCUGAUGGUUCUUUUUGCCUUCAUGUUGGUUUACCCAAAAGAGUUCCAUCUCAACCGAGGAAACCAUGAGGACCAUAUGGUGAACUUACGAUAUGGUUUCACAAAGGAAGUGAUGCAUAAAUAUAAGACACAUGGCAAGAAAAUACUAAAACUACUGCAAGAUGUGUUCUGCUGGCUUCCGCUGGCCACGCUGGUUGAUGAGAAAGUCCUGAUUCUUCAUGGUGGAGUGUCAGACAUGACUGACUUGGAGUUCUUGGCUAAACUAGACAGGCACAAGAUUGUUUCCACCAUGAGAUGCAAAACGAGAAAAGAGGAUAAGAAACAGGCGGAGGAGAAGGGAAAAGCCAACCAGACGAGCUCUGCCGGGACACCCUCCCCGUGGUUCCUCCCCCAAAGCCACUCUCUCCCCACCUCGCCCCUCUGCCCCAGCACCCAGAAGGCCCACAGAGCCGGGCGCUCCUCCAGCGUCCCCUGCAGGGUCCCCCUGGACCCCAAGGAGCUCUCCCAUUGGGUGCGGCACUCCGUGGACCUGGAGCUGGAGAGGUGUCGGCAGCAAGCGGGCUUCCCAGAGCUCAAGGAGAAGGAGGAACCCUUGCCCUUGGCAUCCGAAGCGGACCCGGAAGCUGAGGGGCGGCGGGAGCCCACUCAGGAGGAGUGGAGCCAGGUGGUGGAUAUACUGUGGAGUGACCCCAUGGCUCAGGAGGGCUGCAAGGCCAACACCAUUCGAGGAGGUGGCUGUUAUUUUGGGCCUAACGUGACAGAACGGUUGCUACAGAAAUACAAUCUGCAAUUCCUGAUCCGCUCGCACGAGUGCAAACCCGAGGGCUAUGAGUUCUGCCACAGCCGCAAGGUGUUAACCAUCUUUUCUGCCUCCAACUACUACGAAGUUGGCAGUAACAGAGGAGCCUAUGUCAAACUAGGGCCGGCCUUGACCCCACACAUUGUGCAGUUUCAAGCUAACAAGGCAACCCACACGCUUACCAUGAGGCAAAGGAUUAGCAGAGUUGGGGAGUCGGCUCUGAGAGCCCUACGUGAAAAGUUAUUUGCCCAUUCCUCAGAUCUUCUUGUUGAAUUUAAGAAGCAUGAUAAAGAUAAGACUGGUCUAAUCACCCUGAGUGACUGGGCAGCAGCCGUGGAGUCUGUGUUGCAUCUAGGACUGCCAUGGCGGAUGCUGAGGCCACAGCUGGUGAGCAGCUUGACAGAUAACAAGCUGGAGUACAAGUCCUGGCUGAAAAACUUGGCCAAAGAACAAUUCAGCCAUGAGAAUAUACAAUCAAGUUUGCUGGAAGCACUGUAUCGGAACCGAUCCAACCUGGAGACCAUUUUUAGGAUCAUAGACAGUGAUCAUUCAGGGUUCAUUUCACUGGACGAGUUCAGGCAGACUUGGAAGCUGUUCAGCUCUCAUAUGAACAUUGAUGUCACAGACGACUGCAUCUGUGACCUUGCCCGGAGCAUUGACUUCAACAAAGAUGGCCACAUUGACAUCAACGAGUUCCUGGAGGCCUUCCGCCUUGUGGAGCAAUCCUGCUCAAAGGGUUAUGCGUCAGAUUGCUGACAAGCCACAAACACUAAUAACAGUGACUGCAGCAGCCCAGAUAAUACACUAAGGCCAGUCUGGUCCCCAUCAUCCAAGGUGCCUUGUAAGCAAUGCUGAGCUCAUUGUGGGAAUAUCUCCCUUAUUCUCCAUAGCUUUGUGGAACUUUAUGCUGAGAAUCUGCCUACCAGUAUGCAUCAGAAUCACCUGUGUAUUCAGGUGAAUUCUACCAAACAUACGAAGAACUUUUACCAAUCCUUCUCAAACUCUUCCAAAAGAUUCAAGAGGAGCUAUGAACAUGCUAUGAAGCCACCAUCAUCCUGAUACCAAAACCAGACAAAGAUACCACCAAAAAAGAAAAUUACAGGCUGAUAUCUUUGAUGAAUAUAGAUGCAAAAA